AUGGCUUUGACGACUGUCUGCUCGUGCCGCUUGUGUCGUCAAAUGGAAGAAAGGCGGGGGUCGCUUAGUCAUAGCGGCCGCAUUUGUAAAAGAGAUGAGUCCAAGCUGGUCAUAGGAUCUAUCUAUCUCAAUCUUUUCAUAUCUAUCUAUCUAUCUAUCUAUCUAUCUAUCUAUCUAUCUAUCUAUCUAUCUAUCUAUCUAUCUAUCUCAAUCUUUUCAUAUCUAUCUAUCUAUCUAUCUCAAUCUUUUCAUAUCUAUCUAUCUAUCUAUCUAUCUCAAGCUUUUCAUAUCUAUCUAUCUCAAUCUUUUCAUAUCUAUCUAUCUAUCUCAAUCUUUUCAUAUCUAUCUAUCUAUCUAUCUCAGUCGUUUCAUAUGUAUCUAUCUAUCUAUUUCAGUCCUAGCUAUCUUAGUCUCUUCAUAUAUCCAUCUAUCCGUAUUUUCAUAUCUAUCUAUCUAUCUAUCUAUCUAUCUAUCUAUCUAUCUAUCAGAGUCUCUUCAUAUAUCCAUCUCAAUCUUUUCAUAUCUAUCUAUAUAUCUAUCUAUCUAUCUACUUCAGCUCAUUAUCUAUCUAUCUAUCUAUCUAUUUAUCUAUCUAUCUAUCUAUCUAUCUCAAUCUGUUCAUUAUCUAUCUAUCUAUCUCUGUUUUUCAUUGUCUGUCUAUCUCAAUUUGUUCAUCUAUCUAUCUAUCUAUCUAUCUAUCUAUCUAUCUAUCUAUCUAUCUAUCUAUCUAUCUAUCUAUCUUAG